CCAUCGCCUCGAGCCUCCUCUUCUCACUCAUCACUCUACAGCGCCACAAUCUAGCAACUCAAAGUGCCCGGAUCACCUUCUUACCCCACAGGUACUAGCCAUGCCUGGAGCGCCUCGCUUCACCCAGAAGCCGUCCAUCCAGCAGACACCUACGGGUGAUCUGUUGAUGGAAUGUCUUCUGGAGGCUGAUCCACCACCAACAAUCGCUUGGCAACAUGCCGGGAAUGUGAUCUCGCCAUCGGCUCGGGUUCUACAGGUACUCAGCCCGAUGGGAGGCAUUCUCUACAAGGCCAACUUAAUCAUAAAGGAACCAAAUGCUGGAGAUGGAGGAGCUUACAAAUGUACAGCAAAGAAUCAAUUGGGCGAAUCAAAUGCCAAUAUCAACCUCAAUUUCGCAGGUGGCGGAGGUGAUGAACCAAAGUCUAAAGGACCGUCUUUCGUUGGUAAACCACGAAUCAUUCCAAAAGACGGUGGAGCCUUGAUUGUAAUGGAAUGCAAAGUCAAGAGUCCCACUCCACCGACGGCAAAAUGGAUGAAAGAUGGUGUACCGCUACAAAUGGGUGGUCUUUACCACGCCAUAUUUACUGAUCUAGGAGAUCAAACAUACUUGUGCCAAUUAGAAAUCAGGGGUCCAUCCGUUUCGGAUGCUGGCCAAUAUCGUUGUAAUCUUCGCAACGAGCAAGGUGAGACAAAUGCCAAUCUCGCACUGAACUUUGAGGAACCCGAACCAAAUGAGCGACAGGAAAAGAAGAGCCGUCGUUCACCGUCAGAAAAACGCAAGGAAUCAGCUUCCCCGCGUCCACCGUCCCGAAGUGGAUCGCGUCCGGGAAGUCCGAAGAAAGCGAUGAAAUCACGAGAGGGUACCCCAAAGAGAAGCUUGAAAGAGAAAGAAGGAUCCCCAGCAAAGAAGUCGAUGAGGUCCCGAACAUCGACUCCUGUGCAGGAAUCCGAAAAAACACAACUGACGACGACGACAGAAGAGAAAACAGAAGUCUCAGAGUCGCGCCGCUCGAGCAAGACUGCCACAAAGAUGGAAGUUGAUACAGCCUCUGUGAAGCGGAAGCCAGAAGGUCUUCCUGUCCCACCUUCACAGACUGAAGAGAAGAAGAUGCGCACAGCAUCGCCAGCACCAGCCGAACCUCCGAAGCAACAGCCCCAGGCUCCCGCGCCACAGCCACAGCCACAGGCGCAGCCACAAGCAGCACAACCACAGCCACAAGCACCGCCACCGACGCAGCAGAGCCAGCGAGAUCAGGCCCGAAGAGAGAAAUUCAAGCGACCCCCUAUCGUUAUGGAAGCCAGUAGGUCCCGGACUGGCCGACCAGGCGAUACAGUUACUCUAGAAGUAGAAUGGCAGUGUCACACGUCUACGAUCAUAGAAUGGUACAAAGAUGGCGUGAAAGUCAAAAUGACAGACGACUACCAUGAGUCAUUCGACGGAUAUAAAGCCAGACUUACUGUAAGAAAUCUGACUGAGGAGAAAACCGGUCUUUACAAAUGUCAUGCUGUCUGCGAGUAUGGUGAAGGCCAGAGCAGCGCAAUGAUCAAGAUGGAAGUAUCAGAUGAAGAAUACACACGAAAACGUAGUAUUGACCUUGAUACGCCUGUAGAGCCACCACCCGAGAAAAAGAUGGCGACUCUAUCAACCACCAAAGAAUCCGAGGAUGAAAUCAGCGCGCAGUCGCUGGCCACAGAUAAAGGAAAGAGAAAAAGUAAAAGCCCAGCACCCAAAGAAAAAAGUCCGCGCCCACAAAAAGAGGAGAAGACACUUGACGAACUCCCAAAACAGAAGAUCAUCCCGCCGGAACCGGAUGAGGAUUCGCAAGCAGAUGACAUUCCGUCAUCAGGACUAACCAUUCCUGAGGAACGACGACGUGAGCUACUUGGUGUCGGCGAGGAAAGCGAAGACGAGAUCACUGAGUCGAUCUCCGAACUGCCUUCGUUUUCUGGUUCUAGUAAAGUUCGCAAAGUAUCUCAGUCAAAGUCAAGGAUUCUCCAAGAAGAGAGAACGUCAGAGGAGGAUCUUGAUCAAGAACAGCAGAUGAGUUCGCAGAAAGUGUCAGCUGAUCCGAAGAAGGCCCGUCCCAGCCCGAUUCCGCCUCAGCUGAGGGAUGAUCUUAGUCAAAGUAGUCUUCUGAGCAAAAGUUCUCUUGAAAGGAGCGAUUCAAUGUCGAGUAUUGCGUCCAUAGAGAUGGAUAAGGACUCUAAGGGAGACGCCAAGAAGGUGAAAAAAGUGACAAAGAGAAAAAAGAGCACCAUAAAGGAUGGCAAAGAGAAUGGGAAAGCCGAAAAUGGCAAGGACAGCACCACGACCGUGAAGAAGAAAGUGAAGUCGACCACAGAGGUCAAGACAGAUCGGGUCGAAGAUGUCAGCUCGAUACGUUCGCGGCUGAAACCACCUCCGAAGAAGGAAGAGGGCGAAGAGCAGACCAAGCCCAUAGCCGAUGAUGACAACGCCGAGGCGAAGGCUCCGCAGAAGAAACUGCGGCCAGCCCCGGGUAAAAACACCGGGGACGGCAACAAACCGGCUAAACCUCCUCCCAGUGGAGCUGACGAUGAUGACAAGCAGCAGAAGAAAGUCUCGAUCUCAUCAGCUAAACCCGGUGAAGUUGAUGCGGCCGGCCGAAUCGACCCCAAGGAACUCUUGAAAGGAAAGCAAGUGGGCAGGAAGAUGUCGGCGCCUGCGGCUCCGCAAGAAGCCAAAAACUUCCUCACAGGCAUUCAGCUGAAAAAAGUCGACCGAAGCGCUAAGCAAAGCAAGGACAGCAGCCUGGAAAGCGUGAAGCUGAAGCCGAUCGCCGACGAUGACGUCAGCGAAGCGUCCGGGAGCGAGUGGGAAUCCCGCUCCCGGCGUGGAUCCGUCAUGGAUUUCAUGCGUCGGGGAAGCGAAGCCCGACGGGAUUCAAGUCGGCGAAGCAGUAUCGACAUGCGACGGGAAUCUGUAAUGGAAAUCAUGGAGAAAGUCAGCACACCUUUAGUUCCAAAAGGAACUAAAGGAAAACCUCCAAAAAUCAUCGAAGUACCGGAUAGCGUUACUGUUGUAGAAAAUGAAACUGCCAUACUUCAAUGUAAAAUCGAAGGCGACCCGGUGCCAACGAUAAAAUGGUCGAAAGGAAAUCGCGAAAUUUUGAACGGUGGCCGUUUUCGACACAUAACCGAUGGCGACACGAACUCAGUGUCACUGGCACUGCUCAAAUGCCGCUCGCAGGAUGAUGGCGCAUACACACUGACAAUUGAGAAUGCAAAUGGAUCGGACAGUGCAGAUAUCAAACUGCUCGUGACGUCAGACAAUGGCUUGGAUUUCCGAGCCAUGCUCAAGCACAGCGCUCAACAGCGCAAAUCCAAACUUCAUGGCAAAGAUAAAGACCAAACAAGUCAGAAAGAAGAUGAAUCGCAAAAGCCGAUGACCGAAGCUGAAAGGCGGCAAUCUCUGUUCCCGGGUAAAAAAGUUGAAAAAUGGGAACAGCCGCUCGAAGACAAAACAGUUCAGCAACAGGUUGAUAAAUUCGCAGAAUGGAAAUGCGUAUAUUCCCGUCCAAAUGCAAAAAUUCGAUGGUACAAAGAUCGGAAAGAGAUCUUCUCCGGAGGGUUGAAGUACAAAAUUGUAAUCGAAAAAGCAGUUUGUACGUUGAUUAUCAACAAUCCGGAAGUCGAUGACUCUGGCAAGUACACAUGCGAAGCAAAUGGUCUCCCCACUAAUGCCAUUCUUACCGUUCUCGAACCACCAAUGAAAUACUCAUUUUUAAAUCCUCUACCAAACACUCAAGAAAUCUAUCGAACGAAACAAGCAGUGCUCACUUGUAAAGUGAACACGCCACGAGCCCCGCUUGUCUGGUACCGAGGCAAUCAAGCGAUUGAUCCCAACGAUCCACGAUACAACAUUGAAAAGGAUGCAGUUGGUAGAUGCACACUGACAAUUAAGACGGUCGAACAAGCUGACCAGGCAGAGUGGACUGCUCGAAUCACGAACGAUGUUUUCAGCAAGGUUCAAGUUUACGUGGAAGAACCACGGCACACCUUCGUGGUUCCGUUGAAAUCACAAAAGGUCAACGAGAAUGAAGCGGCUACUUUGGAGACCGAUGUAAACGACAAAGACGCAGAUAUCGAAUGGUGGCAUGAUGGUGUUAAAAUCAAUAUCGAUGGAGUCAAAUACAAAACAGAGCAAGUAAGUCGCAAACGAAGACUCAUUAUCAACUCGGCCAAAAUUGAAGACCACGGCGAGUACAAAUGCACAACGAAGGAUGACAAGACUAUGGCACAGCUCAUCGUCGAACCCCUGAAUAAAUUCAUCAUUAAACUGAAAGAUAUGGAAGUUGUCGAGAAGGAAGACGUUGUGAUGACGUGCCAGACAAAAGACACCAAAACUCCCGGACUGUGGAAUCGAAAUGGAGCUAAAAUCACCAGCAUGCCUGGUGGCAAAUUCGAGACACAAUCCAGAAAUGGAACACAUACGCUAAAGAUCAGCAAAAUCGAGAUGAAUGAGGGCGAAAAUUAUGAGAUCGACGUUGCCGGUCUUGUAGGCAACUGUUUCGUCACAGUGCUAGAGGCUGAAAAACGUCCAGUACUGAACUGGAAACCGAAGAAGAUUGAAGCUAAAGCUGGAGAACCAUGCGUUGUGAAAGUGCCAUUCCAAAUCAAAGGCACAAGACGUGGUGAUCCAAAGCCAGUCAUUCUCAGAAAUGGAAAACCCAUUGACGAAAGCAUGAAAGAUCUCGUUGAAGUUGUAAUCAACGGAGAUGUUGCUGAGAUCAAAUUCAAAAACCCACAGCUGGCCGACACGGGCAAAUGGGCGCUGGAGCUAGGUAACUCAGCCGGUACCGCUCUGGCUCCAUUUGAGCUGUUUGUAAAGGACAAGCCAAAGGCUCCAAAAGGACCUUUGGAAGUGAAAAACGUCACGUCUGAAAGUCUGGAUCUCAAAUGGGGACAACCAGAAGGUGGCGAAGGCCAGCCAGUUAAGGCGUACAUUGUUGAAGUACAGGAAGGAAGGAGCGGCCAGUGGAAGAAGAUCGCCGAAACUAAAGGCACCGAAUUCAAAGUGAAAGAUUUGAAAGAAAAUGGAGAGUACAAAUUCCGUGUAAAAGCCGUCAACGAAGUUGGAGAGUCCGAUCCGUUGACGGGAGACACUGUGAUCGCCAAGAAUCCAUACACAACGCCAGGCAAACCUAAAAAUCUGGACGUUGCCGAUAUGGAUAUGGAUCAUGUCACUCUCCAGUGGGAUCCCCCAGAAGAAGAUGGUCACUCUCCCAUCACCGAGUAUGUCGUUGAAAGAAGGGAGAAGUCCGAAAAGGAUUGGAAAGUAGUCGGUACCACACCGGCUGAAGGAAGAGGCACUCACUACCUGACCGACGACAAGGUAGUCGAGGAUAAGGAGUACUUCUAUCGAGUCAGAGCCGUCAACAAAGCCGGCCAGGGAGAUCCGUGCGAUCACUCAAACAGUAUAAAAAUCAAAGCAAAACCAGUUGCACCCGAAUUCCCCGGUGGAGGCAUCAAAGAUCUCCGCCUCAAAGUCGGUGAAACCAUCAAAUACGACGUGGCCAUCACUGGUGAGCCCAUUCCUGAAGUAUCAUGGGUCGUCGACGGAAGACCGCUGAAACCCGUCGGAAGAGUAAAGAUGAGCACAGAAAGAGGGAAGACGAAAUUGAAGAUAGAAAAUGCGGAAAGGUCCGACUCUGGAACGUUCGUCAUUAUUCUGAAAAACGCCAGCGGUAUGGCCGACAGUACGGCAAGGGUUACUGUAGUAGGACGACCGACUCCACCUAAGGGACCACUUGACAUCACUGAUGUGCAUGCAGAUGGAGCGACAUUGUCGUGGAACCCGCCAGAGGAUGAUGGCGGAGAUCCACUGACUGGUUACGUGAUUGAAGCCCAAGAUAUGGACAACAAAGGCAAAUACGUCGAGGUUGCUCGCGUCGACGGGAAGACUACAGAAGCCAAAGUCAAAGGCUUGAGAAACAAAGGAAACUACAAAUUCAGGGUAAAAGCUGUAAAUAACGAAGGCGAGUCAGAACCACUGACAGCUGACCAAUACACACUGAUCAAAGAUCCAUGGGACGAACCAGGAAAGCCUGGACGCCCAACUGUUACCGACUAUGACGCAGACAGAAUCGACCUCGAAUGGGAUCCUCCACAUAAGGAUGGAGGUGCUCCCAUCGAAGGAUACAUUAUCGAAGUUCGUGAUCCAGACACGAAAGAAUGGCGCGAAAUUGCAAGAUCAAAAGACACAAAUGCUUCUAUUGGUGGACUCACAGAGGGUAAAGAAUACCAAUUCCGAGUGAAGGCAGUGAACAAAGCCGGAGUCGGUAAUCCCUCAGAUGCGUCCGAGAAACAGCUGGCAAAGCCGAAAUUCAUUCCCGCAUGGCUCAAGCAUGAUUGCCUGAAAAGCCUGACAGUGAAGGCUGGACAAACGGUCAGAUGGGAAGUGAAAAUUGGCGGAGAGCCGGUGCCAGAAGUCGUUUGGACCAAGGAAGACAAACCUAUCGAACCUUCACUAAACCUUAGUAUUGACACAAAGAGAAAUGAUCACACUAUCCUCUGCAUCCCUUCUGCGGCAGCUGAUUUGACUGUACUUGAUCGGCCUAGCAAGCCUAAUGGACCACUAGAGGUCUCAGAUGUAUUCGAAGACAACUGUAAUCUCGCAUGGAAACCACCAGAUGAUGAUGGGGGUGAUCCGAUCGAAUAUUAUGAAGUAGAGAAACUCGAUAUUGACUCUGGUCGAUGGGUACCUUGUGCAAAGGUGCACGACACCAAAGCACAUAUCGACGGCCUGAAAAAAGGUCAGUCCUAUCAGUUCCGCGUCAAAGCGGUCAACAAAGAAGGUGCUUCUGACCCGCUUCAAACCGAAAAAGAAACUAAGGCUAAAAAUCCUUACGACGAACCUGGGAAGCCGCACACUCCCGAAGUCACUGACUGGGACGCAGAUCGUGUUUCGCUCGAAUGGCAACCUCCGGAUUCAGAUGGAGGUGCACCAAUCACUCAGUACAUAAUCGAGAAGAAAGGAAAACAUGGACGAGAAUGGCAGGAAUGUGGAAAAGUUUCCGGAGAUGAGACUACUGCUACCAUCAUGGGUCUAAAAGAAGGAGAAGAAUAUCAAUUCCGUGUUAAAGCCGUGAACAAAGCCGGACCAGGAGAAGCUUCUGAUCCUAGCAGAAAAGUCGUGGCGAAGCCCAGAAAUCUGAAACCAUGGAUUGACCGAGAAAAGAUGAAAGCCAUAACCAUCAAAGUUGGGCAAGACGUUGUAUAUGAUGUGCCAGUCCGAGGUGAACCGCCACCAACGAAGACAUGGUUUUUCAAUGACAAACAGAUCGCUGAGGACACGAAGAUAUCGAUCAUCGAAGAAGACUAUCGCAUCGAGUUUGCCUUGAGAGGAGCAACUCGAGCCCAUGCAGGAAAAUAUACACUCACAGCAAAGAAUGCCAGUGGCACCGAUACCCACAGUGUAGAUGUUACGGUACUUGGAAAACCUAGUGCGCCGGAAGGCCCAUUGAAUGUCAGCAAUGUCUUCGAGGACAAAUGCGACCUGUCGUGGAAGCCCCCAGCGGAUGACGGAGGUCUUCCUAUCGAUCACUACGAGAUUGAAAAGCAAGACGCAGCCACAGGCAGAUGGGUACCAUGUGGUCGAGCUGAGGGCACAACGGCUACCGUGAAUAACCUACAGCCAGGACAUCAGUACAAAUUCCGAGUUCGCGCUGUCAACAAAGAGGGCGAGUCGGAUCCGCUAACUACGGAUAAGGAAAUUCUUGCCAAGAAUCCUUACGAAGUCCCAGGGAAAGUUGACAAACCCGAUGUGACAGAUUGGGACAAGGACCAUGCAGAUUUGGAAUGGAAACCACCAGCUGACGAUGGCGGAGCUGCUGUUGAAGAGUAUGUCAUCGAGCAGAAAGAUAAACAUGGACGAUGGGAAGAAGUCCUGAGAGUACCAGCAGGAGAAACGAAGGCAACUGUUGGUAAUCUAAAGGAAGGCGAAGCGUACCAGUUCAGAAUUGUUGCUAAGAACAAGGCAGGCCUUGGAGAGCCGUCCGAUCCCUCAGACAAGAUCAUUGCCAAAACAAGAUUCUUGGCUCCUCAUAUUCAUCGGGAGGAUCUGGAGGACACAACUGUUCGUGUAGGACAGCAAAUCAAAUUCAAUAUUCACAUCGAUGGUGAGCCAGCUCCUGAUGUGAGAUGGACAUUCAACGACAAAGGAAUUGGAGAAAGCAAGGCACAAAUCGAGAACGAGGACUAUCUGUCUCGCUUCAACAUAGAGAAAGCAGUUCGAAAACAAAGCGGCAAGUAUACGAUCACAGCCUUUAACAGCAGCGGCACUGACUCGGUGACAAUCGAGAUCAAAGUGAAGAGCAAGCCAUCGAAGCCAAAAGGUCCGCUGGAUGUGAAGGACGUAUUCGAAGAUCGUGCUACACUCAGCUGGAAACCGCCAGAGGAUGACGGUGGUGAGCCCAUUGAGCACUAUGAGGUUGAAAAAAUGAGCACAAAAGACGGUAUCUGGGUGCCGUGCGGUCGAACCGCCGACACUUCCUUCGUAGUGGAUACUCUGAACAAGGGAGACCACUACAAGUUCCGUGUAAAAGCAGUAAACAGUGAAGGCGCUUCGGAUCCGCUGGAGAGCGACACCGACGUGCUUGCAAAGAAUCCUUUCGAUCGCCCAGACAAACCAGGAAAGCCUGAACCUACUGAUUGGGAUAAGGAUCACGUGGAUUUGAAGUGGGAUCCACCGCUCAAUAAUGGCGGCGCCCCAAUCGAAGAAUACCAGAUCGAAAAGCGAUCCAAAUAUGGAAGAUGGGAACCAGCUAUCACUGUUCCUGGAGGCCAAACAACGGCGACUGUACCCGACCUGACAGCUGGAGAAGAAUACGAGUUCCGUGUCGUCGCCGUUAACAAAGGUGGUCCAUCCGAUCCUAGUGACGCCAGCAAACCUGUCAUCGCCAAACCGCGCAACUUGGCACCAAAGAUUGACCGCACCGCACUGAAAGAAUUCAAGGUGAAAGCUGGUCAGGCCAUAGUCUGGGAUGUUCCCGUUGAAGGAGAGCCAGCGCCGACAGUCACAUGGAGCUGGCCAGAUAACCGUGAAAUCCGUAACGGAGGCCGCGUAAAGCUGGACAAUCCGGAGUAUCGCAGCAAGCUUCACAUUCGUCAACUGGAACGUGGAGAUAGUGGAAAUUACACUAUUCGAGCAGUGAAUGUCAAUGGCACAGAUGAAGCAACCGUCCAUGUCAAUGUCAUCGACAAACCUUCCCCACCAAAUGGACCUCUCGAAGUGAGCGAUGUCCAUGCCGAUCAUUGCACACUAGACUGGAAGCCACCAGAUGACGAUGGCGGCAUUCCGAUUGACAACUAUGUUAUUGAGAAACUUGACACAGCUACUGGAAGAUGGGUUCCAGCAACGAAGGUGUCUGGAGACAAGACCUCAGCUGUUGUAGAUGGCUUAAUUCCAGGCCAUGAGUACAAAUUCCGAGUAGCAGCUGUGAAUGCCGAAGGCGAAUCAGACCCUCUGGAGACAUUCGGGUCUACAUUAGCCAAGGAUCCAUUUGAUAAACCAGGCAAACCUGCAGCUCCCGAUGUCACGGAUUGGGAUAAGGACCACGUGGACCUCGCAUGGAACCCUCCAGCUAAUGAUGGUGGUGCUCCCAUUGAGGGGUAUGUCAUUGAGAUGAAAGAAAAGAAUUCGCCGAUGUGGACUGAAGCCGCUCAGGUCCCAGCAGGCCAAACAACCGCUACAGUAGGAAACCUGGCAGAAGGACAUGAGUAUGAAUUCCGAAUACGCGCCAAGAACAAGGCUGGUACUGGUGAUCCGUCUGAUCCAUCGCAGAUGGUGAAAGCCAAGGCCAGAAAUGUUCCUCCUCAAAUCGACCGCUCCGCAUUGGGCGAGAUAAAAGUACGCGCUGGACAAGAAAUUCACCUUGUCGUGCCAGUUUCCGGAGAACCACCACCAGAGAUCACAUGGGCUUUCGGUGAGACUCCUGUGGAAUCUGAUGAUCGCAUCAAGAUCAACAACAGUGAGGAUUACAAGACAAAGUUCCUGGUGAAAAGAGCACUUCGUUCCGACACUGGAACAUACAAGAUAACAGCAAAGAACGUGAAUGGUGAAGAUACAGCUGAAGUGAAGGUGACGGUUCUGGAUCAUCCAGGAACACCUCAUGGGCCUCUUGAUGUCAGCAAUGUGACCAAAGAAGGAUGUGAUCUAGCUUGGAAAGCUCCGGAUGAUGACGGAGGCGCUGAAAUCGAUCACUACGUCAUCGAAAAGCAAGAUGCGAAUACUGGCAGAUGGACGAAUUGUGGUGAAAGCAAAGAUACGAACUUCCACGUCGAUGAUCUGGCUCAAGGCCAUGAGUACAAGUUCCGAGUCAAAGCUGUAAAUCGCUACGGCGAGUCCGAUCCUCUGGAAGCAAACCAAUCCAUCGUCGCAAAAGAUCCAUUCGAACUUGCUGACAAGCCCGGCACUCCCGAAAUUGUUGAUUGGGAUAAGGACCGUGCUGAUUUGAAGUGGACGCCACCACAAGAUGAUGGCGGUGCUCCUAUUGAAGAGUACUUGAUUGAGAUGAAGGCUGGUAAUGGCGAUUGGGUUGCCGCAAAGAAAGUACCAGCUGUACCAGGAGAAGAACAGACAGCUACCGUAAAUGACCUCAAGCAAGGACAAACAUAUCAAUUCCGCGUGAAGGCGUUGAACAAAGCCGGAGAAUCACGUCCAUCCGAUCCGAGCAAAGCAAUGAUUGCUAAGCCAAGGAAUCUACCUCCAAAGAUCAACAGAGACAUGUUCACUGAUCUUCGCAUCAAGGCAGGACAGGCGAUCAACUUCGAUGUGAAUGUCGAAGGCGAGCCAACGCCCAAGAUCGAGUGGUUCCUAAAUGGACAACCCAUCCAAUCUAUUGGAAAGACGAAAAUUGACAACUCCAAUGACAAUAAUACCAAGCUGGAUACCAAAGACGCAGCCAGGGCCGACAGUGGUAAAUACAAAAUUGUAGCGACAAACGAAAACGGACGUGACGAAGCAGAAGUUGACGUCAACGUUCUAGAUGUUCCCGGAACGCCCGAGGGACCACUAUCAGUGAAAGACAUUACAAAGGACAGUUGCACGUUGCGCUGGAAUCCACCAGAAGAUGACGGCGGCUCUCCAAUCACUAACUACGUUGUAGAGAAACAAGAAGAUGGUGGUCGAUGGGUACCGUGUGGUGAAACGGCUGAUACAAACCUGAAAGUUGGCAAACUUAACGAAGGUCAUGAAUACAAAUUCCGUGUAAAAGCUGUGAAUCGACAAGGCACCUCAGCGCCGUUGCAAACUGAUCACUCUAUCGUUGCAAAGAAUCCAUUCGAUGAACCUGGCGCACCAACAGAUGUUACUCCAGUCGACUGGGAUAAGGAUCAUGUGGACCUUGAAUGGAAGGCUCCCGAAAACAACGGUGGUGCACCAAUCGAACAGUACAUUGUGGAAAAGAAAGACAGAUAUGGAGACUGGGUUCCUUGCGCCACUGUAGACGGCAAAACGACAAAAGCCACAGCUGGUAACCUCGUGGCAGGCGAAACUUACCAGUUCCGAGUCAAAGCUGUCAACAAAGCUGGUCCCGGAAAGCCAUCAGAGCCAACUGGACCAAUCGUGGCUAAGCCAAGAAAGAUGGCUCCAAAGAUCAACCUGGCCGGCCUUUUGGAUAUUCGCAUCAAGGCAGGCACCCCACUCAAGUUGGAAGUAGCUUUUGAAGGAGAGCCAGCUCCAGCUGCGAAAUGGUUCGCCAACAAUACCGAUCUCGGAGACAGCCAACGAGCUGACAUCACCACAACGCCUACCACAUCAGAACUUCUCAUAUUCUCAAGUGUUCGCGGAGACACAGGGCUGUACACAGUCACUGUGGAGAACGAACACGGCAAAGACAAAGCGCAAUGCACUGUCACGGUUCUGGAUGUACCAGGUACACCUGAGGGACCGCUAAAGGUCAAUGAGAUCCAUAAGGAAGGAUGUACACUCAACUGGAAACCUCCCGUCGAUAAUGGAGGAACGGAAAUUCUCCACUACCGCGUCGAAAAGAUGGACACAUCUCGCGGGACUUGGCAGGAAGUGGGAGAAUUCCCUGAAUGUACGGCUAAGGUGAACAAGCUCAUCAAUGGCAAAGAGUACCAGUUCCGAGUGAUGGCCGUGAAUCUCCAAGGAGAGUCAAAACCGCUCGAGACUCUAGAACCGAUCAUCGCCAAGAACGAAUUCGACGUGCCUGACCCAGUCGAUAAACCAGAAGUAGUUGACUGGGAUAAGGAUCGCAUUGAUAUACAAUGGAAACCACCAGCGAACAACGGCGGAAGUCCGGUGAAAACCUAUAUCGUGGAAAAGAAGGAGAAAGGCAGCGCCAUUUGGAACGAAGCUGGAAAGACUUCCGGUACUACCUUCUCCGCAAACAACCUCAAAACUGGAACGGAAUACGAGUUCCGAGUUAUUGCUGUCAACGAAGCUGGUCCUUCGGAUCCAUCUGAACCCACUGAUGCUCAGAUGGCUAAAGCAAGAUACUUAAAACCAAGAAUACUUACUCAAAAUCGCAAGAUCAAGAUCAAAGCCGGUAACACACACAACAUGGAGAUCGAGUAUGCCGGAGCACCCGAGCCGAUAGCGACUUGGGCCUUCGGAGACGGUCAAGCUCUGCCACAAGAGCUUUUGGUCGAAUCUAAGCCUGGCCUAACCAGCAUAUUCUUCCCAAGCGCAAAAAGAAGUGACAGUGGAUUGUACACGCUAAAAAUCAAGAACGAAGUUGGUGAAGAUGAGGGUGUCUUUGAAGUCGUUAUACAAGAUCACCCUGGUUCUCCUGUAGGACCAUUAGAAGUCUCAGAUGUAACCAAGGAUAGCUGCGUGCUCAGCUGGAAGCCACCGGCUGACGAUGGAGGAUCCGAAAUCACCAACUACGUAGUCGAGAAACGCGACACUAAAACGAACACCUGGGUUCCUGUGUCGGCAUUCGUGACAGGAACGAAAGUGACCGUGCCAAAGCUCGCCGAAGGACACGAAUACGAGUUCAGAGUCAUGGCAGAAAACGCAUUCGGUCGAUCAGAUCCACUGAAUACGACCGAACCAGUACUUGCUAAAGAUCCAUUUGGAGCUCCCGGAAAGCCUGGACAGCCUCAAAUCGUGGAUACUGAUAAUGACCAUAUCGACAUCAAGUGGGAUCCACCACGAGAUAACGGUGGCUCUCCUAUUGAGCAUUACGAUGUGGAAAGGAAAGACGCCAAGAGUGGAAGGUGGAUCAAGGUAAACACAACGCCUGUGAGUGGAACGACAUUCUCGGAUGUGAGAGUCCAGAAGGACCACACUUACGAAUACAGAGUUGUAGCCGUAAACAAGAGCGGUCCCGGAGCGCCGUCGGAUCCCUCUGCCGCUGCCACUGCCAAACCUAUGUUUGAAGCCCCAGUCUUCGAUAUGGAUAUCAACGGCAAGGAGUUCCGUGUCAAAGUCGGUGAAAAGCUCGACAUUGUUGUGCCGAUGCAUGGCUCUCCAACACCGGAAGUCAAAUGGAUCAAGGAUGGCAAGGACAUGCCACUAAUAGAGACCACCGAUUCUCAGACACGUCUCUGCAUCGAAAAGGCUCGCCGUAGCGAUGCGGGUCCUAUCAAGAUCAAAGCUUCCAACGCUUACGGAACAGCUGAAGCUGAUAUUAAGGUUACCGUCAUUGACAAGCCGGGAACUCCAGAAGGACUUGCAAGCGAUGCGGUAACGAGGCAUACUUGCACACUCAAGUGGACACCUCCCAAGGACGAUGGAGGCUCAGAGAUCACCGGAUACAAGAUUGAAUAUCAACCUAUUGGAUCGUCAAUUUGGGAGAAAGUUCCUGGUGGUGUUGCUGGCACAUCGUAUACCGUUCGCGGUUUAGAACAUGGCGAACAGUACCGCUUCAGAAUCAAAGCGGAAAACCUAGUUGGCGCUUCAGACUACAUUACAACAGCCCCGGUCUUGAUCAAGGAUCCGUUCGAUCCACCAGGAGCACCUUCCACUCCGGAGGUCACCGGAUACGACUCGAAUCUUGUAUCGCUUGCUUGGAAUCCACCAAAAGACGAUGGUGGAUCUCCAAUCCUUGGAUACGUUCUUGAGAGAUUUGAGAAGAAGGGCGGUGGUGACUGGGCACCAGUCAAGAUGCCUCUCAUCAAGGGUACUGAAGUUACCAUUCCUAACCUCCAUGAAGGAGAGACCUACCAAUUCCGUGUAAGAGCCGUUAACGCUGCAGGUCAGGGAGAAGCCAGUAAUGGAAGCGAUCCAGUGACUUGCAAGCCAUUUGUUGUACCACCUGGAGCACCUGAUCAGCCAAGAAUCGGCAGUAUAACCAAGAACUCCGCUGAAGUGUUGUGGAGUAAGCCAACAAAGGAUGGCGGCGCGCCGAUUGAUGGUUACUAUGUUGAAAAGAAGAAAAUUGGAGACCCAGAAUGGACGAGGGUCAAUGCCAAGCCGAUUAAGGGAACAUCUCUUGUUGUGGAUGGCCUUGGCGAGAAAGAAGAAUACGAAUUCCGAGUUGUUGCUGUGAACUCAGCUGGAGAAAGCGAGCCUUCAAAACCAUCAGACUUAGUGGUUAUCCAAGAACAACCAGGACGACCAGUAUUCGACCUAUCAAACCUCAAAGAUAUCACUGUACGGGCUGGAGAAACUAUCCAGAUCAAGAUUCCGUACAGUGGUGGCAAUCCUAAGCCCAUCGUGGAUCUAUUCAACGGAAACACACCACUAUUCGAGAAUGACCGUACAGUUAUUGACGUGCUUCCUGACGCCGUCGUUAUCACGACCACAGAUUCAAAGAGAAGCGAUGCUGGCCCUUACAAGAUUGUCGUUUCCAACAGAUUUGGCAAGGAUACUGCCAAGCUCAACGUGAAAGUGCUGGAUGUGCCAGGCAAACCGACAGGGCCUAUCAAAGCAUCGGACAUCCAGGGAGACGCGAUGACACUGAACUGGUUGCCUCCAAAGGACAAUGGAGGUGACGACGUCACGAACUACGUUGUCGAGAAGAGAACUCCAGGUGGCGAAUGGGUUAUGGUUGGCCAUCCGGUCGGCACUUCUAUGCGGGUGAGGAACCUUGACAAAAAUCAAGCUUACGAGUUCCGUGUCUCUGCCGAAAAUCAGUACGGCGUGGGACAACCACUCGAGACGGACGAUGUAAUCGUUGCCAAGGAUCCAUUCACUACUCCUGGACCACCUGGACAGCCAGAAGCCCUAGAAACUUCUGAGGAGGCCAUCACCCUCCAGUGGAGCCGACCACUGACAGACGGUGGUGCUCCAAUCCAAGGAUAUGUCAUCGAAAAACGAGAAGUCGGUACUAAAGAAUGGAAGAAGGCGGCAUUCGGCGCAGUUCCGGACACCAAAUAUAGGGUAACCGGAUUGACACCAAAGAAGGAGUAUGAAUUCCGCGUAUGCGCUACGAACGCAGCUGGUAACGGAGACUGGAGCGAGGAAAGCUUCCCAAUUGCAGCCGAAAAAACACCCACGAAGCCUGUUAUCAACAUGGGCAUGCUCACCAGAGAUAUCAUCGCCUAUGCUGGAGAAACCGCUAAGAUUUUGGUUCCAUACAGCGCCUCUCCUAUGCCGAAAAUCAAAUGGUCCAAGGGAGAGUUGGUGCUGGAUGAGCGCGACAAGAGGAACAAAGUUGAAAGCAAUGACUAUCUGACAGUGAUGACGAUUGACUCUUGUGAAAUCAGUGACAGCGGACAAUACACAAUCUCGCUAGAAAACUCUAUGGGCAAGGACAGUGCUACCGUAAAGUUACGAGUGGUCGAUCGUCCAGGCGUACCUGUUGGACCACUCGAAAUUACUGACAUCGCACCCGAUUGUUGCACUAUAUCUUGGAAUCCUCCAAAAACCGAUGGAGGAUCACCGAUCACCAACUAUGUAUUGGAAAAGAUGUGUCUCAAAGGUGUCGAGCCUGUGUGGGAGAAAGCCUCGUCGUUUGUGAGAAAUACAACCUACACAGUAUCCAAUCUACUUGAGGGAGAGAUGUAUAAAUUCCGUGUUCGCGCUGAAAACCAGUUCGGAGUUUCUGAGCCUCUUGAGAAUCCCGAACCGAUAACUGCGAAAUACCAGUUCAAUGUCCCUAGUCAACCUGAACCACCUGUCGUUCGCGACAUGGACGCCACCUGGGCUGAAGUUGAGUGGGAUCCACCUGCGAACGGAGGCUCAAAGAUCAUCGGCUACCAAGUGCAGUAUCGUGACGCAUUGUCAGGAAAAUGGAUCAACGCUAGUAACGACCUGGUGACAGGGACGACGCUACGUGUGAACAACCUCCGUGAAGGAGGAGAGUAUGAGUUCAGAGUGAGCGCGAAGAAUGCUGCUGGCUUUUCCAAGCCAUCAGCGCCUUCGGAUCGCGCCAAGCUGAAGGCCAAAUUCGGGCCUCCUGGACCACCCAGUCAAGCAAACGCCACCUCUAUCGGACGCAACCAUGUCACGCUUACUUGGGUUCCUCCACUCGACGAUGGUGGAUCUCCAAUCACUGGCUACAUCGUGGAGCAGCGUGAAUACGGAAGCACUUUGUGGACCAAGGUUAGCGACUACAAUGUUCGCGAGCCUGAGUUCACUGUGCCCGGCUUGAAAGAAUUCCACGACUACGAGUUCCGCAUCAUUGCUAUCAAUAAAGUUGGAAAGGGAGUGCCAUCAUUACCCACAUCACCGAUCAAGAUCCAAGAUCUGAAUGGAUCACGACCGAUGAUUGUUGUAAAACCAGAAGACACUGCUCAGCCUUACAACAGACGUGCGGUAUUCGUCUGCGAAGCAGUAGGCCGUCCUGAACCUGUGUGCAGAUGGAUGAGGAAUGGACGGGAGCUGCCCGAAAGCACACGAUAUCGUUUCGAAGCCCACGAUGGAAGCUACAAGUUCACCAUCAAAGAAGUGUGGGACAUCGAUGCCGGAGAGUACACCUGUGAAGUAUCAAACGUGUACGGCAGUGAUACAGCAACAGCAAAACUUAUUGUACAAGCUCCACCUGUUAUCGAAAAAGAUGUGCCAAACACGAUUUUGCCCAUGGGUGAAAUGGUCCGAUUGAAGAUCUACUUUUCUGGAACCCCACCAUUCAAACAUGUUUUAACACUGAACAAGGAGGAAGUCGAUUCCGAGCACACAUCCAUCCGCACGGUUGAUUUCGAUGAUCACAUUCUCAUCACGAUUCCAUCGCUUUCAACCCGUGAAGCUGGACGAUACGAAUACAUAAUAAGCAAUGACAGUGGAGAAGCUUCAACUGGUUUCUGGCUCAAUGUGACAGGGCUUCCGUCGGCGCCACAAGGUCCACUGCACUUUAGCGAAAUUGGUCUGCACCAAGUAGGUCUGUCUUGGCGACCACCCGUCAACGACGGCGGCUCCAAGAUCACCAACUAUGUCGUUGAGAAGAGAGACCUUGCAAAGGAGGAAUGGACCGUUGUCGCUUCGAGUGUACGCGAUCUGAACUUCAUGGUACAGGGACUAUUUGACAACCAUGAAUAUGAAUUCCGUGUAAGCGCAGUGAAUGAAAACGGUCAGGGAACGCCACUGGUAGGCGAGAACCCUGUAACUACAAGGCUUCCCUUCGAUCCUCCUGGACCACCGACAGACCUUGAAGUCACUCAGAUCGGUAGUGAUUUUGUGUCGCUCACGUGGAAGCGACCAGCGUCCGAUGGUGGAGGUCGCUUGAGAGGAUACUAUAUUGAGAAAUGUGAGGAAGGCACGGAUGCUUGGAUACGAUGCAAUCAGAACCCAUCACCCGCUAACAUCUUUAACGUUCCAAAUCUCAUCGAUGGACGAAAAUAUACAUUCCGCGUCCUUGCUGUCAACGAUGCUGGUUUGUCUGAACCUGUUAUGAUGGAGCCAAUGGUGUUCAACUCAGCUUUGGGUGGUACACCUCCUGAAAUAGUCAGUGAACUCAGCGAUCAGUCCGGCGAACCAGGACGAAGCGUAACGUUCGAAUGUGAGAUCAAGGGCUCACCGCGACCAGAAUACACAUGGUUCAAGGGCUUGAAAGAGCUAGUCGACACACCAAGAUUCACAAUCCUCAGCAAAGGAGACGUACAAGUACUUAUGGUUAGCCACAUCAACUCGGACGACGUUGGCGAGUACGCCUGCCGCGCGACGAACAAGUUCGGCUCAAGAAGCACGAGAGCACAGUUGGUCCUCAAACAGAAACCUCGGGUAUUCGUACCUCCAAAAUACCAUGGUGGUUAUGAAGCACAGAAGAAUGAGACAAUCGAGUUGAAGAUACCCUAUAAGGCAUAUCCUCGAGCCGAAUCAAGGUGGAUGAAGGAAGACGAGAAGAUAGAAAGUGGAGGUCGCUACACUAUCACCACUGAUGAUAAGUUUGCCACUUUGACCAUAACUGGAGCAAGCCGUGAGGACUACGGCAACUACCGCGUCAUUGUCGAGAACUCUGUCGGUCAGGAUUCGGCUACAGUUCUUGUGACCGUCGCUGACAGCCCUGAACCACCUCGCUUCCCUCUCGUUGAAAAUGUUCUAGACGAGGCUGUGAUUCUCUCAUGGAAACCUCCGCUUCUUGAUGGUGGUUCACUAGUCACUCAGUACAUUGUUGAGAAAAGAGAUGUCAAUGGAGGAAUGUGGGAACCGUGUGCCAAGACUCGCUACACAUACUUAACCGUGGAAGGCUGCCGACCAAAGUGUACCUACGAAUUCCGAAUAAGUGCAGAGAACAAGCAUGGCGUGUCAAAGCCGUGCGAGCCGACUGCUCCGGUUUUGAUUCCUGGCAAUGAACGCGUGCGCAGGAGAGGUUACGACGUUGAUGAUACGGGUAAGAUAGUACAUGGCAGAGGACCAUCGCUUGGAAACUACGAUCCUUACGUGAUCGACAUCUGGAAGCAGUACUAUCCGGAAGCGAUUGAGAUCAAGCACGAUAAUGUACUCGACAAGUAUGACAUUCACGAGGAGAUCGGAUCUGGCGCAUUCGGUGUGGUACAUCGGUGCACCGAGCGUGCUACGGGUAACACUUUCGCGGCCAAAUUCGUCAACACCCCUCAUGAAGCGGACAAGGCUACCGUUAGGAAGGAAAUAAACACCAUGUCUGUUCUACGCCAUCCGACUCUAAUCAAUCUGCAUGAUGCAUUUGAGGAGGACAAGGAAAUGGUCAUGAUCUAUGAAUUCAUGUCUGGAGGAGAACUGUUUGAGAAAGUUGCUGAUGACACAAAUCGAAUGACGGAGGCAGAAGCAAUUGACUAUACUCGCCAAGUUUGCAAAGCGCUGUGCCAUAUGCAUGAAAUGAAUUAUGUCCACCUCGACUUGAAACCUGAGAACAUCAUGUUCACGACUAAGAAAAGCAACCAAUUGAAACUCAUCGACUUCGGCCUGGCCUCGUUCCUCGACCCUAAGGAGAGCGUCAAGGUGACAACGGGUACGGCAGAAUUUGCUGCUCCAGAAGUGGCAAACGGUGCUCCUGUGGGCUACUAUACUGACAUGUGGAGUGUCGGUGUUCUAGCAUACAUUCUGCUGUCAGGGCUCUCGCCUUUCGGUGGUGAGAACGAUGAGGAAACACUCAAGAAUGUGAAGAAAUGCGACUGGAAUAUGGAUGACUCACAAUUCAGUCACGUCUCAGAGAAUGGCAAAGAUUUCAUCCGAAAACUACUAAUUUUGGAACCUGAAAAGCGUAUGACCAUCCAUGAGGCCCUCGCUCAUCCUUGGUUGGCUAGCGGAGAAGUAGGUGGUGGAGAAGUUAUUCCAAAUAGUCGGUACCACAACAUUCGGGACAGGAUCAGGAAGAGAUACGACGCAUGGCCAGAACCUAUGCCACCACUCGGCCGAAUAUCGAACUAUAGUUCACUGCGCAAGCAUCGUCCUGGCGAGUACCACAUCCACGACGCGUUCUUCGAUCGCUCUGAGGCUCAACCACGCUUUAUCAUCAAACCGUAUAGUACGUCGGUGACAGAAGGUCAAAGUGCCAACUUCUACUGCCGUGUAAUAGCUUCGUCACCUCCGAUUGUCACUUGGCAUCACGAUAUGAUGGAAUUGAAGCAGAGCGUGAAGUACAUGAAGAAGUACAAUGACAACGACUAUGGUCUUACCAUCAACAGGGUGAAGAUGGACGACAAGGGUGAAUACACCGUGCGGGCCAAGAACUCGUACGGAUCCAGAGAAGAAGUCGUCUUCCUCACUGUGCAGAAAAAGACUGAAGAUUUCGUUUCUAAACCAUUAGAACCUAUGCGCAAAGCUACAUUACCAAAAGUUGAGGAAUUCAAGGAGAAGGAAAUUCCUCCAAACUUCACAUUCCAUCUGCGGCCACGUCUCAUCCAGAAGAACCAUCAGUGCAAACUGAUAUGUUCUUUGCAAGGCAAUCCGAUGCCAAAGGUGGAAUGGUUCAAGGACGGAUCACCAGUGAACCAAGACCGUGUACAAACAACAUUCCGAAGUGGAGUCUGCAGUUUGGAGAUCUUCAACACCCGACUCGACGAUGCGGGCACAUACACCUGCACUGCUACCAGCCCCUUGGGUGAAGCAACCACCGAAUGCACCGUCACUGUACAGACGAAGGGCGGGGAGCCAAUGCCUCGAGUCGCUUCCUACCGAACUAGCAGCUAUCGAAGAUCAGUUUAUGACUCUAUGAGUAGCGAUGUGGAGCGAUCACGAUCCUACGCCGACAUUCGCUCGGAUUCUAGGUCGAGAGGUUCACUAUCACAAGAAACACGAUCUGCUGCAGACGACCUUAAAAUGAAGAUUUCCUCUGAACCACCAAACUUCACUAACAAAUUGAAAGACGUCAGUGUUAGCCAAGGAGAGCCAGUAGAGAUGUCUUGCGAGGUUAACGCCACUCCUGCACCUCUUAUCGAAUGGCUCCAUAAUGGAGAAAGAGUAACAGAUUCUAGAUUAGUUACCUCGUAUUCUGGUGGCAAAGCCACGCUCAAGAUCUCUGAGGCUGAACCAAGCGAUGGAGGUUCAUAUAUGUGUAAAGCUAGCAACUCAGCUGGAGAAGAGUCGUGUCGCGCAAACCUCACUGUACAAUCCAUUAGCAAUGGAAAUGUGAACGGCGUCAACGGCGUCAAUGGAACAAAUCACGCUGUGGAUGGGGCAGCAGGAGAAGAGCUUAGGAUAGUACGGCAUCUUGCUGGAGAGGUUGUCGCGGCAGGCUCAACGGCAGUACUCGAAGCAUGUGUUGCAGGAGAACCUGAACGGACACUUUGGAUUAAGAAUGGCUCAGAGGUGAAAAAAGACGACCGAACAGAGAUAGUCAGAGAUGGCGAACGAUUCCGGCUGUCAAUUAAAAGCGUCACGAAAGAUGAAGCUGGUCAGUACGAGCUAGAGGUUGAUCAGAAAGGAGUCAAAUGCACUUCUGUGGCUUCACUAGUCGUAUCGGGUGAUGCUAAUGAGCCACCAGUCACGAAAUUGCCAGCAUCUGUCAGCGUCGCGUCGGGAUCAUCAACGAAGCUCUCGUUGGAGAUGUCGAACUCUGAAGGAUAUACUGUACAGUGGUUUAAAGACGGAGAAAAAGUAGAAAAGUCGGAGAGGAUGAAAUCAGUCAAAUCUGGCAACUCGUUCAAAUUAGAUUUCAAGACAGUGCAAGCAACCGACGAGGGUGUUUACGUAGUAAAAGUUAUCAAGGACAAGAAAGCUGUUGCCAAGUACGCAGCCGCAGUGCAUGUUGAACCUUGAUCACUCGACCGACUGCCUAGUUAAGAGUUCCGACUUUCCCAUGUCUCAAUGUUUUCGUUGGAUCAUUUAACGGCUUGGGACACCGUGAAUGGUCCAGCGAUAGUAGUGAUGGUGGGAAGUGCUUGGGUUCGGGACAACCUGAGUGCUUUCCACCCUCACUGGGGUGAUUCUUUCAAUUCUUCGUAUUUUCUCCGCAACUGCAUAUACCAAAAAUCACUGACACAUCUGGUGCUUGCUAUAUAUUUCACAUUCUGAUUAUGUACUUUGUUCUAGUUGUAUUUGUAGGCGAGGCUCAAAGUUCUAUUAUAUUACUUCGUGAAUUUGUCAAUAAAGCGGGGAAACACGUAUUUCCUUCAGUGUGUUCAAAGCACUCUUAAAUGUGUGGUCUGCUUCGGCGCUUUGUCCUAGUAACGAAUGACUUGGACAUAAGAGCGACAUUUGUCAAAUGUGUUUGUAAAUCUUUAUUAUGAAUAAAUUUAUGAAUAACGGAC